AUGAAGGUUCAACUUAUAAUGACCUUUUUCGGUGCUCAACCAUCAGAUAAAGUUAAAGUCAGCGAUGCACAACAAGUGCUGGUGUACUGCAUGACUAUCAGUACCUACACGAAGCCUGAAGGAUUCUUCAACAUCGGCCUGACGGCUGGACAGGCAUGGCAGUUACCUUCGAAGAGCACGCUGUCGAACAAGCUUGGAGAUUAUCAUCGUCGGAGCAGAAGGCAGCUGUAUCGUAAGAUGGAGCUUCUUUUGGAAAGCCAAGGCAAGGAUGGAAAAGCCUGCGUUCUCAAGACGAUUUGCAACGCCGCUGGAAGGAGUCAAACGGAGAUUGGCAAAGGUCAUUUCAUGCAAGAGAUACUACACGCCAUGUUUUCAUUACCAGCGAGCUACAACGACGCUGAUCCAAUGACUGAGUACGAGAGAGCUUACUUCCUGAAAGAGAAUUGCAACGAAGCGCGGCGGAAAUGUCCGGAUGUAUUCUGAGAGAGAGAGAGAGAGAGAGAGAGAGUCCUUCUUCUUAAUUUACCAAAUAACCAUGCUGCGACUAUGGUGUCCAGGGAGGUCUCUCGAAGGCACUCGAGUUACGUUCGUGCACCGUCCUCGUCCGACGUCGUAUUUUAUGCGCUGACUAUUCGAUUAACGUUGGGAGCUUACUAACGGAACUAAGCUUAUUCGUUUAUUAUACAAAGGAUAAAUGUUCGUAACGACGUGUAGAGAAUUAUAGUGCCAUUUUCUCUAUCCGUUUUUCGGGCAAUCAAUUGUAUCGGUUACAGAUAGAGGAUAGAAAUCUUUGGGUAAUCAAGUAGAAUACUUACGUCGUUGAUCAGACAUGAAUUCUUACUCUUGUGCUGUUGUCUGUGGUUACUUUAAAAACGAUGUUAUUUUUUUAAGUCUCGAAACGGUGGAAUAUUGAGUUAUUUAUAUGUUUUUGAUAAUAUAUUAUUACAUUACGUUACCUUAUAGUAUAAUUGUGAUAUUCAUGUAUAUUCUUAAAGUCUCGUUAAAAACAAUCGA